AUGGAGGGGAAGAUAUUCGUCGUAACUGGUGCUGGGUCGGGCAUUGGAAGAGCUACGACUAUCAGACUGGCAGAACUGGGAGCGGCCGGCAUCGCCAUCAGCGACAUUGAUCAAGCUGGCUUGGACGAGACGCGUGCAUCGUGCAACAAAUAUCCCGCAAAGAUCACCACCACCAAAGUCGAUGUCAGUGAUGCCCAACAGGUGGAUUCGUGGAUCAGAGACACGGUUUCCCUAUUCGGCAAACUUGACGGUGCUGCAAACAUAGCUGGUAUUGCUGGCGGGGAUGGGCAGACCACAGAGGACAUAGACCAGCAGGCGUGGGAAAAGAUGAUGGCCAUCAACCUGACCGGAGUCAUGAUCUGCAUGAAAGCCCAACUCCCGCAUUUAACAAGGCCAGGUGGUAGCAUAGCCAAUGUUUCCAGCACUUCGGGCCUUAGAGGACUCCCGAACAAUGCUGCCUACGCCGCUAGCAAGUUCGGAGUCAUUGGCCUGACGGAGUCCACCGCAGCAGAAUACGGCAAGAAGGGUAUCAGAGUUAAUGCAGUAUUGCCAGGACCGAUUGACACUAAGAUCUUCCGCGAGGGCGAGGCGAAAGGCCUGUUCAAUGCGGAUAUAGUCAGUGCUGGCACAUUGAUGGGCAGGAUGGGUCAAGCAGAAGAGGUAGCCAAGGUCCUGGCAUUCCUACUGAGUGACGACGCAUCGUAUGUGACUGGAGCGCACUGGACCGUGGAUGGAGGAUACUCGGCUUGCGGUUUCUACCGAGCUGGAUGA